CGCUCUCUCCUCGUAGUCGCGGUUGCACUUGUGCGGUGAGUGUGCGUGUGUCCGUGCAUCAGCCCAAUCGAUUGAUUUUUCCUUUUUUCCACCCUGCAACAACCUCGCGAAAAACAAAAGGGAUUUUACACGCAACUUCCAAGGGCGCGUUCAACCCUCGGCUUUUUUCCAAAAUACAGGGAGAAGGCGGCGGCGGCGGCGGCCAGUGCACGGCCGGCGGGAUGUGGGGACCAGCACGGAUGGGGCCUGGCGACCCAGCGGCUGCGGCCGCACUUGCGGGCAUGUUGCCCUUUGACUCGAUCGGACUCUACGAGCAGCCCAAACCGCGCUUCAUCUUUAAAAUGCCGCGCGUCGUGCCCGACCAAAAGUCCAAAUUCGAGUCCGACGAACUCUUCCGCCGGCUCAGCAGAGAGAGCGAGGUGCGCUACACGGGGUACAGAGAUCGACCCUUGGAGGAACGCCAAGUGAGGUUUCAAAAUGGCUGCCGAGAGGGUCACACGGAAAUUUCGUUCGUGGCCACCGGCACAAACCUGCAACUUGUUUUCAACCCAGUCAUGAACGGCUACACAGUUUCGGACCUUGGCAGAGAAUGUGACUUUGACAAGGAAAUGGGCAAGGUUCACCUGAGAUCUCACUUCAUAAUGAAUGGAGUGUGCGUGCGGUGGAAAGGCUGGGUGGACCUUGAGCGCCUCGACGGGGUCGGCUGUCUCGAGUACGACGAGGACAAGGCCCAGAUCGAGGACUCGAUGUUGAGAGACCAGAUCGAGCGGUACAACCAGCGGUUGCGCGACUUUGAAGACAAACAACGCGCUUACCGUUCGCACCAGCAACUGGACCGGCCCGGAGACACCGACAUCGAGGUCACUUUGGCGCAGCAAGAGAACUACAUGCGAGUUCGGCGCAACAGACACCAACAGUGGCACGCCCCGCGUUGAGAUUCCCCGUUUUUUUUUUUUUUAAAUAAAAAAAACUUGUCUCAUCAUUCUCUGUCGUUCUGCACAAGUCCGUCUGUUUUCAUUGUAAAUAAUUAUUAUGUAAUCUCCUGGUGCGCCGCGUGAUGAAGGAAACGACACUCAGCUUUCUAGCACUUCUCAUUAUACCAAAAAUAAUUACUAAUUAUAAGAAAUGAUUAACAAAAUUUGAUGAUGAAAAACUGACACUUUUGCUAAAUAUGAUGAAAAAGACAAAAAAUUGCCAAUAAGAUGAAAUUUUAAAAUUGAUUUAAAACUUAAUUCACAGUCACAACAGUAAAUUUUAAGGGCAAAAAUGUAAGCUGCUUAAAUUUUCAAUUUUUUGAAGACAAGCAGAACUUAUAAACUUGAUUGGUGUCGCAGAUCGAGUAUAAAAGGUGCGUUUCUGAAAAUUAAUCUUUUUCCCAAACAUAGUAAUUUGUGUCAAACUGUGCUGUAAAUGUAAUAAACAAAUAAAUGUUCUCA